AUAAAUGACUCCGGUCUACCUUCCACGGAGUCACAGAACAGAGCGGCAUCGCAGAAGCCGACAUGAAUCCUCUGAUCGCGUGUAUGGUUGUCGGUCUGGCAGGGUUUGCCCUGGCCGAGCCGCCUGUGUCCUCCGGUUAUAACUACAACAGACCAACCGGCGGUGGUGGUGGUUUCGGUGGCGGUUUCGGUGGCGGAUUUGGCGGCGGCGGCGGCGGCGGCGGUGGAUACACCCAGGUAUCACCCGGAUUCCAGACCAACGAAGGCGCCUCCGUAGAUAGCGCACUCCUUGAACAAAUCCGUCAGAUCCUUCUGAAAGAGGAGUUGCAAUCUCAAUCCACCGGCGGAUUCGGCGGCGGCGGUGGUGGUGGAGGUGGAGGUGGUGGAUAUCCUAGCUCCAGCUAUGGUGCACCAUCGUCGCAAUACGGCGCCCCGUCCCCACAAUACGGUGCGCCCAGCUACCAGACCCGCGUCGUAGGUAUCGAUCUCGAGGGCAUCAGACAAGCGAUCCAAGUAGCCCAAUUCAACCAAGUGAGCCAAGGCUCGGGCGGAGGCUAUCCCAGCGGACCCAGCUCCAGUUACGGAGCGCCCAGCAGACCACCGUCUGGUAGCUACGGUGCGCCGUUUUAAAGAAUAAUCUUGGAUUGGAUGAUGAUGAGAGAAGGAGAGAGAACAAGAGAGAGAGAGAAAGUGUGAGAAAAAGAGAACGAGAGAACGAGAGAAUGAAAGAGAGAGAGAGAAAGAGAGAAAGAGUGGAAUAUGGCACCGGCCGACGAUAACGACCACUUUCCGAGACGCAGCUGAGACACGCAAAAACGCACAGAAAUGGAGAACAUCAAACGUGAAGGAAGAAGGUCACGAUUGUCCAUGGAUCGUCGGAUCAGUUUCUUCUGAAAUGGUAUAUUCUUCAAACUCGGAAGGUCGUCGAUGCCAAGAUCAAAUUGUUGCACUAUAAAUUCACGAAGAUCAAGAUCUGAAGAUCGUCCGAUCGGUUGGAGCGCCGAGGGAAAGCUCGCCUUCGCGACAUCAGCACGAAUACAUCCCUCACGCGCAAUGUCAAGAUCCAGCCGGAAGACAAGUCGAAUGAUGAAAAAAACGCGCGCGAGAGGCGAAAGUACGAAUCUGCGGGACGGCAUCUGGUCCGUUGGGGAUUAAAAUAGUCGUCGCUUCAACGGAGUCGGGGGUCUCCCGAGACUCGCGGAAAGAUAAAUAGCAGCCGAGCGCGCGCAAGCAGUAUCCUCUCCGGGCCUUUGACUUGUCGAGGAUCCAACGGUCGUCGCUUCGACAAGUCGGGCGCCGCGGGAGUGAACGUGGCCAGUUUUUUUCGUCUUUUCCUUCGCCACCCCCCUCCAUCCACGGACGAUCGAUCGCUGAGACAAUUCUAGGCGGUCGGCGCGGUGCCGGAGUCUAUCGUACCAAAAUCACAUCAGUCGUCGCAGUCGUCUCCACACGCGGAGAACUGAGGGUCAGUGAUAUCUCAACGAGGCAGGCGUGGUCGCUGAUUGCAGACACACAUUUAUACACCCCUCCCCCGCGGCGAUCGCGGCUAUCGUACUCGUCGUCGGGGCACUCAUAGAACGAGCGGAAGGAGAAGAAGGAGGCCGACAAGCCGAAGACGUGAUCGGCGCACGAUUCAGCGCCUUGUAAAUAAAAAUCUGCCGCUGCGCGGCGUUCAUUGCGUUACUCGGUCCCCUGCUGUUCCGCUCGGGUGACUGCACAUCGGCACUCACCGAAGACCUUGGUCCAGGAUAAUGGAAUGCUGAUAAAACGCGGGAGGAAGAUUUUUCGACCGAGUUGUCCGAACAAGUUGAAAAGAUCGCGAGGACUGAUAUCCGAAGAGUAUGCGUAGUAAAGUCGAUUCCGCGUAGAAUAUCGGCCUCCACUUAUCCACGAGGUCAUACACGAGAAAAUUCACCUUGUCGGAAGAGAGCGACCCGAGUCACAGAGUGGACGCCGCCGGGCAACGUACACGUACACGAAACCACGAAUACACACUAUUUUUUUAUACAUUUUAACCCUCUACUCCUUAACCACGCAUCUUUUUGUACUUGUAUAAAGGCUUCUUUUGUAGAAAAAAGAAUAAAAAAAACGUCGCCACCGUUAAAAA